AUCAGUUGCACGCUCUAAACCUGCUGUAUUCCAUUCUCUUAUAUUUUAAAAACAAACUUUAUUACAAAAAAAAUAAAUUUGUUUUCAAGCAAAUUACUAAUUACUCGCAAUCAUUUCAUGAUUUUAGUGAUAAUUUUCAUGUGAGAAGUAACAGAAAAUGUUUAAAAAAAUAUUGAUUAUUAUUUUAACUGUGGACGUGGCUCGUUCAACACAAUGUGGCAAAGUAUGGCUGACAGUAUCGUCACUGUGGCGACCGAUAGCAGCGAGUGAUAAAGUAAUUGACGCGGAGCUUGAAGUUAAUUGGGAUUUAGACUGUCAGCCGAAUAUCGAACCUCCUGAUACUAUUAAAGUGUUCAAUGCCGAUCCAAUUCAUAACAAGAGCUUGCAGCCCCAAUUGAUACUGACACUCGCUGAACAUCCGGACGGUUAUUAUCGUACAAAUAUUGAGGUCGGAAGGCCUUCUUUACCAGGUGGUUGGGAUGCUACGGGAGGUGCAACUCUACCAGGACCACAUUGUUUGAAACACUACGCAGCGUUAUAUAAAAAUAAUGUAAUUCUAACAAGUUCAUGUUUACAAAUUUGGCCAACUUGGAUGUAUGACCUCAGAAGGCAAUUAGGAAGAUUACCAAUAGGAAGUCUGAUGAUACCUGGAACUCACAACUCAGGAUGUUACAAGCACGAAGAUCUAACUCGUAAAGAUGCAUUCCAAAGAUAUUUAUUAACUCAAGAUCGUGAUGUAUGGACGCAAUUGGUGCACGGGAUACGGUACCUAGAUAUCAGAGUAGGUCAUUAUCCCCCACCGAUGCAUAAUGGUUCCCAUAGUGCAGAAGAUACUAAUCAUACGUCAGGUAGAUUUUGGGUUAAUCACGACGUAAUACGGAUCAAUCCUCUUACUACUAUUAUCAGAGAUGUGAGAAAUUUUUUGGAUGUCGCUCGCGGUGAAGUUGUUAUCCUCGAUUUUCAUAGAUUUCCAAUUGGAUUUGAAAGUAGACCAAGUCGUCAUAGACGUUUGGCGUCGAUGCUUUAUCGAGAAUUCGGCGGGCUGAUACUAAAACCUAGUCGAGGAGUUGACGGUCUUGGACCGACAUUGAAUGAAAUUUGGAACAGCGGAAGAAGAUUAAUAAUUUGUUACGGCGACAAACAUACUGUCAAUGAGUACGAGUGGCUUUGGCCGCCGUUAACACAAGUCUGGGGUAACCAACAAACAACUCAGGGUCUCUUUGAAUACCUAAAUAGUGUGCUAAUGGGCCCAGAGAGAAAGCCAAGAAAUACAUUGAAUCCUCUUUGGGCAAUAAUGGCUGAGCUUACACCACGACCUUUUGAUAUAAUAUUUAAUCCGAGCGGUGCUGGGCUCAGACAGAUGGCAGAUGCGGUAAAUCGCAAUCUCUCGAGUUUAUUUCAAAAUGAAUGGUGGAAACAGACUAAUAUAGUUGCCACUGACUUCUUCCUCGGUAAUAAUCUCAUUCAAGUAUCCAUUCAGUCUAAUAUUAAAAAAAGUAAUAUUGCUCAGUGGAGUUUUUUAUAAUUACUCACAAUUAUUAAAUACUUUUAUUUAUUUAAAUAUUUAUCUA